AUGGACGGGACUGCGAGGGAGGGUGCUAUGCCGGCACCGGAAACGCGAAAAAAAGCGAAAAAGACGACCGCGCCGCGCAGCCGAGCAACGUCGAGCGCGGCGCUUUCCGGCGCCGCAGCGCCCAGCUAUACGCCUCUCGAGCAGCAGAUCCUUGCGCUGAAAGAAGCGCACCCUGAUGUGCUACUUUUAGUCGAAGUGGGCUACAAGAUGAAAAUGGUCGGCGAGGAUGCACACACGGCGAGCCGCAUCCUCAACAUUGCGUGCUUCAGCGAAAGGAAUCUCGCGACUGCCAUGAUCCCCGUCCCGCGCCUUGCUGUACAUGUAAAGCGCCUUGUCGCGCACGGUCUCAAAGUCGGCGUGUGCCGCCAGACAGAGACGCGCGCGCUGAAAGCCGCGACGGAGCAUGCCAACAGGCCCUUUGCGCGCGAGCUCACUGGCCUGUACACGUCCAGCACAUGGAUCGACGAUAUAGAUGCAGUGCAGGCGCUGGAAGAGGUCGGUGCGGAGCAGAUCGUGCUUGCUGUUGCCGAGUGCGCAGAGGUAGGGAUCGCUGCACUGGACGUGGCUACAGGCGCCAUUACCUACGAUGCGUUCCGCGACGACGCGAUGCGCACCGAGCUCGAGACGCGGCUCGCACAUCUAGUCCCGCAGGAGCUUCUCCUGCCUACGCACCUUUCGGAGGAUACGCGGCGCGCUGUGCGUGCAUACACAGCCGUACAUCCCAACGUGCGCAUCGAGCACGUCGCCGACUGCGACCAUAUAUCCACACGUCUCGGCGAGCUGUACAGCGGGACCGCUUUGGCAUCUGUGCUUGCGUACGCGCCUGCGACGCAAGCUGCGUUUGUAUACCUUGUCCAGUACCUCGGCGCGUUCCAGCUGACCUCGGCUUUUGCUACGUGCGCCAAUUAUUGCGCCUUUACCGACCGCGCGUCGAUGCGCCUCAACGGCCACACGCUGGCGAAUUUGGAGCUGCUGCGCACGAGAGAAGGAAAAGUCCAAGGCACGCUCUUUGCGCACCUUGACCACUGCAAGACGCCGAUGGGCAAGCGCCGCCUUCGCGCAUGGCUGCGGCGCCCACUCCUGCAGGCAAACCGCAUUGCCGAGCGGCUGGACGCGGUCGACUGUUUGCGUGUGCGCCGCGCCGCGGUGUUGCACACCAUCCCGAGCAUGCUGGUCCGCAUCCCCGAUCUUGCACGCGGCCUCUCGCGCAUCGCGUAUGGCCUGGCAGCACCGACAGAGCUCGCAACGGUGCUCUUGUCCCUGCACCGAAUCACACACACCUUUCCCGACGUGCACUCGCCUCUGGAUGCACACACGGCCAGUCCUGUAGUCGAUCGCGCGAUCGCGGAUCUCGGCGCGGCGCGCGAAUGCGUCGCGCGCUUUCUUGACCGCAUCUCCAUCCCCGACGCGCGCAACAACGACAAGGUGGGUAUGUUUCCCACCGCCAGCGAAAACGUCCUCGCGUGCCGGGACAUGCUCGCAGAGGACGAGGCGCAGUUUGUUGCCCACCUCGAAGCGGCGCGCACGACACUGCACCGCCCAAAGCUGCAGUAUACGAGCGUCUCGGGCGUGGAAAACUUGAUCGAGGUGCGCGCCAGCGACGUGCCGCGCACGCCCGCCGACUGGGUGCGGAUCAGCAGCACGAAGCUUGUCGUGCGCUUCCACACGCCUGCGAUUGUGCGCCUGUCCAAACUGCGCGAGCAGCACCGCGAGCUUCUUGCCGAAGGAGGCAAGGUCAUGUACGCUGAUUUCUUGCGCGAGGUAGCACAGGCAUACGCGGCGAUGCAUUGCGUCGUCGAGGCCGUCGCAUUGCUGGACGCGCUGAGCAGCCUGGCAGCCGUUGCAUCCUUGCCGGGGUACGUGCGUCCCACUGUCCAGGACGGUGCGCCGCACCUUGCCCUCACGCAGUUUCGGCACCCCGUCUCCGAGACGCGCACCGCAGCGUACGUGCCAAACGAUAUUGCACUAGGAGGCGCAGCGCCGCAUGCCGUUUUGCUCACGGGCGCCAACAUGGGCGGCAAGUCGAGUACGGCGCGCGCGAUUGCCCUCGUCGUCAUUCUCGCCCAAAUGGGCUCGUUUGUCCCAUGUGCCGACGCGCAGCUCACACCGCACGACGCCAUCAUGACCCGGAUGGGCGCCCACGACGAGCUUGUAAGCGGCAAGUCGACAUUCAUGGUCGAGGCUGAAGAGACGGCGCACAUCCUCAAGACAGCGACGCCAAAGACCAUGGUGCUCUUGGACGAGUUUGGGCGUGGGACGUCGACGUUUGACGGGACUGCACUUGCAUAUGCGGUGCUGGAAUCCUUCCUUGCACAGCAAGCACCGCCGAGGGUACUGUUCAUCACACACUACAUGGCCCUCGGUGCACUGGUGGAUGCGUACCCUAAAACGCUUUGCGCAAUGCACUUGGCUGUCAAGCUGGAGGGCCCAGAGCACGUCGUGUUCUUGCACAAGCUUGUCGACGGGCUUGCCCAGGGAUCGCUCGGGAUGUAUGUCGCGCUGCUUGCAGGGCUGCCUAGAGAGCUGGUCGCAUGUGCGCGACAGCGAGCCGCAUCGAUGGAUCGCCGUCGCGUUGCGGCGUACAGUGCAUUGGUGCACGCAUUGGUGCACACGCCGCUGCAAGCGCCGCCGUUGCUGCGUGCAAUGACGUCUUUGGCGGCGUGUCGGGGCCAAUGCCACGACGCAUAG